AUGGAACUAAAUUAUUGCUUUAAUAUUUAACAUUCUGUUUUAAGAAGAAUACAUAGAGAUGGAAUCUACACAAUCACAAAGUGACUGGGUGGAGCAGGUCGAAAUGGAUGAUAGAAAAUUACUUGUUGACAAAGAGGAGAAAAAUAAAAAAACAACAAGUAAUGUAUUCUGGGCAGGUUUUAAUCUAAUCAACUCCAUACUUGGUACUGGGAUGAUAGGUUUACCCUAUUCUAUGAAACUGGCAGGAUUUCCAUUUGGACUUCUGCUUUUAGUAGGGGUGGCAUAUGUAACCGAUUACUCUAUGAUAAUGUUGAUUAAAGGCGGAGCGAUGUCUGGAACCACCACAUACCAGUCUCUGGUCAGUAGGACAUUUGGACUUCCUGGGUAUCUUUUUCUAUCGGUUUUACAAUUUUUAUAUCCAUUUGCUGCAAUGGUUAGCUAUAACAUAAUUACAGGAGAUAUUUUGCCUAAAAUAUUCCUGCAGAUUCCUGGAGUUACUCCAGAAAGCAUCCUUGCUGAUCGUCAUUUUGCUAUCUUGCUUACUACAGUCAUAAUAACGUUACCAAUUGCCUUAUAUAGGAAUAUGGAAAAACUAGGAAAGGUAUCUUUGGUGUCUCUGGUUUUAACAACAAUUGUCUUGUUGAUUAUCAUUAUUCGAACAUCAACGUUGACUUCAAUAAUACCACCAACAGCAGAUGCAUGGGUUUUUGUGAAGUCGAAUGCAUUUCAAGCAGUUGGUGUUAUGUCAUUUGUAUUUAUGUGCCACCAUGCUUGUUUCCUGAUAUAUGGAUCUCUAGAAGAACCUACAGUUAGUACCUGGUCUCGUAUUACCCAUGCAUCAAUGAUUCUCUCACUCUGUAUCAGUUUGCAAUAUUCCGUCUUCGGGUAUGUGUCUUUUACCGGGUUCACCCAAGGGGACCUGUUUGAGAAUUAUUGCAAACAUGACAACCUAGUUACAAUCGGAAGAUUCUGCUACGCACUCACCAUCAUUCUGACUUAUCCCAUGGAAUGUUUUGUAGCCAGAGAGGUGAUUGCAAAUGUGUUUUUUGGUGGAACUCUUACAUCAAGUCUUCAUUUAGCAGUGACCUUGAUGGUUGUUUCACUAACUACAAGUAUAUCUUUGGCGUGCGAAUGUCUAGGAAUGGUUUUAGAGCUCAAUGGUAUUCUAAGUGCGACGCCCCUGGUUUUCAUCAUUCCUCCAGUAUGCUACCUGAAGUUAUCUUCAGACCACUGGUAUCACAGAAACAAUAUCAUGCCAUGCUUUAUACUGCUACUCGGUGUGAUAAUAAUGCCAGUGGGGUUUGUCAUGGCCAUCAUGUAUCCACAAGAAUGCUCUCACGGAGUUGAAAUGUUUUACUGCUUUUUACAAAAUUCUACAAUUUCCAAUGCUAGCAGAGCUGAUUCUUACAUCAGGAAUCCAUCUGAAAUCAACGUGACAUAAUGGCCUAAUGAAUAUAAAUAUAUAUGGAGGACUUUGUUCAUACUUGCACUGCCUUACCAAUAUCAUUUUUUUGCAGUGAAAGAAUAAGAGGAUGUUGGAUCUUAAAAAUUUCAUAUUAUUUCUUUGCUCAGCUUAUUAGUAUUUGAGGCAAACAUUUUGUCUUCAAUUUACGAGUCUUUAACAAUUGGAGAAUAUUUCAUUGGAUCACCUAGGGCAGGCAUAGGCAACCCACCUAGGGCAGGCAUAGGCAACCUUCGGCACUCCAGAUGUUUUAGAC